AGGCUCUAGGGAGGGUGGAGACUCCCUUUAAAGGGUCAGUGUGGGUGUGUCCUUACAGUAAGUGAUCUCGAUAGGGGGCUGGACUGAGAAGGGAAAGGGAAGACCUGACAGACGGACAGACUUCACAGGGAGCUGUGAACACGCGCACACACACACCUUAGAGAGAGAGAGAGAGAGAGAGAGAGAGAGAGUCUACUUCCACCAACUGGACGGGGUCCUGAAGUAGACUUGAGGGAAAGAGGAAGGGAGGGAAGGUUUGAGGAAUUCUAACAAACCUAGAAGGUAGUGGUAGUAAGACGUGAUUCAAAGAAGACUUUGUUGCCUGCAAGUUGGAACCAUUCUGCUGUCACCGUCGGGUGUCUUCUGUCAUUCAGGUCUUUUUUUAGUGCUUUAUUUUUACCCUGCGUUCUUGCACACUGGGCCACGUUUGUAUGUAGGUGUGUGUGUGUGUGUGUGUGCACACUUCUACCCUCUGCAAGCAAGCAAGCAAGCAGUGUGUGUUAAUUGGAGUCUACUUGAAACCAAGCCAUGGCCGACACAGACUUCAAACUGGAGCGUGCCAUCUUCGCCGAAGUCUCUGAUGACGAUGAGGAGGUGGCUUUGGUUACAUCUGCAGCCAAACCUGCAACAUCCUUGAAGGAGUUCAAAUCGAGACGAGGAGACGAUGAGGAUGAUGAUGAUGACUCAGAGAAGGAGGUGGAUCUGGUGUUGGGUCCAGGGCUGGACGGUGGUGACGCAGAGAAGUCGGAUGCUACUGGCAUAUUGGUGCUGGCGCUUCUAGAUAAAAUCAUCGGUGUGGUGGACAAGAUCCAGCAAACGCAGACGAGCCUGGAGGCCAAGCAGGAGGUGAUGGAGAAGAACAUGAGCAGCAUUCAGACGGAGUUGGCCAAGUUGGCCAAGAGUCACGUGGGCACGGCCGGGACGGUCAACAAGCUCCUGGACAAGGUGCGGAAGGUAAACGUCAACGUGAAGAGCGUGCGAGCGGACUUGGAGAAGCAAGUGGGACAGAUCAAAAAACUAGAGAACAACGAACAGGAGCUUCUCAAGCGGAAGAACAUCAAAGUGCUCAUUAUACCGGAAAAAGGGAAACCUGUGAAAGUCUCUAAGAAGCCUGCAGGAGAAGAAGGAGAGCAAGUGCUAAGUGAAGGAGGAGAGGAAGAGCAUGCCUCUGAAGGAGAAGAAGUGGAGGUCGAGGAGACCAUUGAGGAGUCCCGAGCCGAACGCAUCAAGCGCAGCGGCCUCCAGAAGGUGGAUGAGCUGAAGAAAGCCUUCAGCAAGGAGCAGAUGCAGAAGACCAGACAGAAAACCAAAGAGAACCUGGAGAAAACCCGAAUGAGAACCAAAGAGAACCUGGAGAAGACCCGACAGAGGACCAGAGAGAACCUGGAGAAGACAAAGAAAAGUCUAGGCAAGAAGAUGGGGAAGUUCGGAACAAAACUGACCCCAAACACCGAGCGGAGAGAAAAGAUCCGCAGCUCCAGGGAGAAGAUGAAGAAGUCACUGAACCCCGACCACACCGUCUAUGCCCGCUCCAAAUCCACCACCUAUCGCGUGCCGCCGUUCACCUUCCACGUUAAGAAGAUCCGCGGGGGCGAGGCGGAGCCCACGCCAGAGCCGGAGGAGGAAGAUGAGGAGCAGAAGGAAGAGGAGGAGGAAGGAGAUCUCGUGGAAGAAGCUGAACUGGUCAGUCUGGAUGGCCCAGAGAUGGAGGCGGCAGAUCGCUCUAGACUGGCCUUCCAGGAGACGGUGAGGCCUCGAGAGACGGCCGGCCUGUAAGUCGUAUAUGCUAAGGGAAGAAUCUUGUGGAGGAAUACGAGGAUAAAGGGAUACUCUAAGAAAUAAAUGGACUAAACUGUCACUGAGGCGGUGUACAGUCAGGAAGGUGUAAAGUCAGUGGUGGCAAAAAUGAUUAGAACACAGCGCAUAUUUGAAGUGCAGGUCAUAGGGAUAUUAUGUGUCCUUAUAUUGUGUUGAAGUCCAGAAGACUAUACAGCUGCAAAUGGGUCAGAAAACAUUGGGUGUACCCCAGGGUGUGAAUUAUACAUUGACGAUUAACAAUUACGAUAAUGAUAGUUUGUGUAAUAAAUGCGUCAGUGAAUCAAAUUUAUGUAUUUAUUCACCUCAUUAAUAAAACGUAUUUAAGUUU